AUGAAUGAGUACAUAGCUUUGGGACAUAUGAAGGAAGUGGUCAAUGAGAGCUCCGUACCAAAAACUACCUUUUACCUGCCACAUCAUGCAGUUAUAAAGACGUCAAGUCUCACAACCAAAGUAAGGAUAGUAUUUGAUGCAUCUGCAAAGAGCUCCUCGGGUUUGUCGUUAAAUAAUGUGUUAAAAUGUGGUCCUACCGUACAAGAGGAUGUCUUCAAAAUAUUGGCUCGUUUUAGAAAGCACCAAUAUGUCUUAACAGCCGACGUCGAAAAGAUGUUUCGACAAAUACAGAUUGCAAACGAAGACCGGGACCUGCAGCGAAUCUUAUGGCGACCAAGUCCAAAUGAAGCAUUACGAACAUACCAGCUGACAACGGUGACAUAUGGAACAACGCCUGCCUCAUUCCUAGCGACUCAGUGUUUGGUAUCGCUUGGGGAAGAGAAAAAGCAGCAACAACCAGCAGCAGCAAAUGCGAUCCUGCGUGACUUUUACAUGGACGAUUUGAUGACAGGGGCAGAUAGCGAGGAAGAGUGCUACAAAUUGCAGAGAGAAAUUAAUGAUAUUUUCAAUUCAGCCAAGCUGCCGCUGAGAAAGUAG